UCCAUCCCACCCCCUAUUUCACCUUCACCGCUGUUGGUACUUGGUACAAUCAAGAAAUGACGUCACAUGGAGCGACGUCGACCCCGGCGCCGUUGCCGAGGAGGAAGCCAUCUUGGAGGGAGAGAGAGAACAACAGGAGGAGGGAGAGGAGGAGACGAGCUAUUGCUGCCAAGAUAUAUACUGGGCUUAGAGCUCAAGGAAAUUUCAUUUUGCCCAAGCACUGUGAUAACAACGAGGUCCUCAAAGCACUUUGUGCCGAGGCUGGUUGGGUCGUUGAAGAAGACGGCACCACUUAUCGAAAGGGAUGUAAGCCACCUCCAAUUGAUAUACCAGGCAGUUCAGCUAAAAUUACCCCAUAUUCUUCCCAGAAUCCAAGUCCAUUAUCUUCUGCAUUUCCAAGUCCAAUUCCUUCCUGUCAAGUCAGUCCUUCCUCCUCUUCCUUCCCUAGUCCCACUAGAACUGAUGCAAAUAACCCAUCCAGUCUCCUUCCAUUCCUUCGAAGCGCCAUUCCUUGUUCUCUCCCUCCUCUCAGAAUCUCAAACAGCGCCCCUGUGACACCGCCACUAUCAUCGCCAACCUCAAGAUCUCCUAAGCCAAUUCCCUACUGGGAGGCCAUUGCAAAACAGUCCAUGGCUUCUUUUAGCUACCCUUUUUAUGCAGUAUCUGCUCCAGCCAGUCCAACCCAUCGUCAGUUCCAUGCCCCAGCCACUAUACCCGAAUGUGAUGAAUCUGAUACGUCCACAGUUGAAUCUGGUCAGUGGAUAAGCUUUCAAAAGUUUGCACCUUCUACGUCACAAGUGCCUACAUCGCCAACAUUUAAUCUCGUCAAACCUUUGGCUCCACAAAGUUUGCCCAACAAUUUGAUCGGGGAGAAAGGGCGAGUUUCAGAGUUUCAGUUUGAGAGUGGACAGGUAAAUCCGUGGGAAGGAGAGAGGAUUCAUGAAGUAGGAUUGGAUGAUCUGGAGCUCACACUUGGAAGCGGGAAGGCUCGGUGUUAAAAUGGCUGACAGUCAACUGAUGCCAUUAAAGUGUGUUACGACAGUGGGAAAAGCCGUUUUGCCUUCCUCAUUCUCAGUUCUCAGUCAGAUAACGGAGAGAGCAUUUUCAGUACUGUUUUUUCAUCCACUCAGUGAAAUCUGGAAAUUAUAGAACAAAGGUGGAAGAAAAGUUGCGUGGUCGUCUGUAAUGUUUCGUUUCCGGGUCUAUUUGAGUCUGUUGAUACUCGUAUUCCCUGGUUGAAUCCUCAGGGAGUCGGAUUGUUUUUACAAGCAUUAGUUGUGGAUACUGUGGCAGAGUUGCUAGCUUAGUCUUCCUUUUAGGCCUUUGUUGUCUUGGGUAAAACCGCGGUGAAUGAUAUUGUUUUAGUGGCUUUGUACUGUUAAAGCCUAAUGGUUGUAUUGAAUCAUUUGAUCUUGUUGGUAAGCAAUUUUUGAUAUCCAGUUCUGUGAUUUCAUUCUCUUUACGUGGC